UGUACUGCGUCGCUCUCAAUGACUUAAAGGUGCCAACCGGACUUUCCCUGUCAACGGUCCCUCUCUCGCUGGAGAUAAUGAGAGGAUGGCCAAGCGGCUUGACCCUGCGCUACAACAAGACCACGGCGAUGAACUGAAUCCCGGGCAUAUAAAUAUGGAUUGCGGCGAUGGAGAAGAUGAACUGUCUUUGGAGGAGAUUUUAAUGCUAUACGGUCAGCCGAUCAACGAAGAGCAGGCAUGGGCAGUUUGUUACCAGUGCUGCAGGUCUUUGGCGCAGGGACAUCGGAGGAGACAUUCUAAAUCUGCCACCGCUUCGGUGGUGCAAUCGGCGAGAAGGAUUGAGGGACCCGGGGAUGUCAUGAUUCAUAAAGACGGGGUGGUCAGGUUGCCCUGUCAGGGCAGUCAAGAUAAAUAUGGCCCCCCAUGUGCGUCAUCAGAGGUGAUCGAGUCCCUGGGCAUCAUGAUCUACAAGGCCCUGGACUACGGCCUGAAGGAGAGUGAGGAGAGGGAGCUCAGCCCGCCCCUAGAGCAGCUCAUCGACCUCAUGACCAACAUGCCCGGGGCGCAGCGCGACGCCUGUCCCGACGAGGGCUACGAGGCCAUCGAGGAGGAAGAUGACGAAGAGGGCGAGGGAGUCCUGGCCGGCGCCGGCGCCGGGGCCUGCAGCACUGGAGGCUACAGGGACAUCCUGACGCUGUGCACCUCUCACCUUCCCAGCCCGUCCGACGCCCCCAGUCACUACCAGGCUGUGUGCCGUGCUCUCUAUGCUGAGACCAAGGAGCUCUGCACGUUCCUGGAGAAGAUCAGGAAUGCCAAAGAGAACCUGCGGAAGAUGGAGGGGGACCAUGCCGAGGAGCAGGCCAGGGACCUAAAUGAGCUGCAGAACGCCGACUGGGCACGGUUCUGGGUCCAGGUGAUGAGAGACCUGCGGCACGGAGUGAAGCUGAAGAAGGUCCGGGAGCGGCAGUACAACCCCCUGCCCAUCGAGUUCCAGCUCACGCCCUACGAGAUGCUGAUGGAUGACAUCCGCUCCAAGCGCUACAACCUGCGCAAGGUGAUGGUAAAUGGAAACAUACCCCCCAGGUUAAAGAAGAGCGCCCAUGAGGUCAUCCUGGACUUCAUCCGGUCUAGGCCACCCCUCAACCCUGUUGCUGCUCGGAAGCUGAAACCCCACCCCUAUCGGCCCCGCAGCCUCCAUGAGCGAAUCCUGGAGGAGAUCAAGGCCGAGAGGAAGCUGAGACCCGUUUCUCCUGAUGAGAUUCGACGGAGCAGACUUGGCGCUGGCAAAAGCUUCAGUACCCCUCAGGUGUUGUUAUGUGGUCCAGAUGUGUCCAGCCCUGAAACCCACAGGAACCUUUCCAUGAGCGCGCUUGCGCUGUCCAACGGAAUGCCUCUAGUUCAGCGGAACGGCAGGGGUGGGGCUCAGGCCCUAUCGCAGCGGAAGAGACUCCUAAAGGCGCCCACACUAGCUGAACUGGACAGCUCAGACUCCGAUGAUGACACUACGCAUAUAUCAGCUAGCAGCUCCAGCAUUGCCGCGUCAUUGCUGGAUGACACUUCUCCGGAGACUGCAGUAGGAAAAAAAACUCCACCCAUGUUCCUGCCCAUUUCCUCCACCCCCCAGCCGGAGAGACGUCAGGCAUCCCAGCGGAGGCACUCCAUCGAAAAGGAGACCCCCACGAACGUGCGCCAGUUUAUUCCCCCAACCCGGCAGAGCUCCAAGUCUCUGGUGGGGAGGAUAAUCCGCUUGUUUCCGAGGAUACCCCUCUACCCCACCCUCUCCGCCCUGCCCGUUUUGCAGGGCUCCUAUUCUGCGGAGGCAUCUGCCUUGGGCGUUGUCCUGGCCGUGUUCGCUCUCUGUGAGAGCGUUUACACCGGCCGCUGGAAUCCCGCAAAGGAUGGUGCGGACGUCAGCGGUGAAGUGGAGGAGUUCUGCUUUCCAGUGGAGUGCCUGGCACUGACGGUGGAGGAGGUGAUGCACAUCAGGCAGGUGCUGGUCAAAGCCGAGCUAGAGAAGUUCCAACAGUACAAGGAUGUCUACAAUGCACUGAAGAAGGGAAAGCUCUGUUUCUGCUGCCGUACAAAGAGGUUCUCCUUUUUCACCUGGUCCUAUACCUGCCAGUUCUGCAAAAGACCUGUGUGCUCCCAGUGUUGUAAAAAGAUGAGGCUGCCGUCCAAACCCUACGCCACCCUGCCCAUCUACUCUCUGGGCUCUACUGCUCUACCCAAGGGUGAGGUCGCAGGCCAGUCUGAGAAGCCAUCCUCCAGCCAUCGGCACAGCCUGCAGCGCACCGUCUCCAGGCUGUCUAAACACAGAGAGAAGUCCCGAGAUGAAGGAGAACUCCCCAAGGAGCUGACGGAGGACUGGAGCACCAUGGAAGUGUGCGUAGACUGCAAGAAGUUCAUCUCGGAGAUCAUCUCCUCCAGCAAGCACAGCCUGACGCUGGCCACCAAGAGGGCACGCUUAAAACGCAAGACUCAGUCCCUGUACAUGUCCUCACCAAAGGCCUCCGAGUACCACCCCUCCGAGAGAACUAUCAAAGAGGUGUAGGCCGGGCCCUUCUCUGCCCCUUCUCUCCUCAGCCCCCCCCCGUGCUCUCUAGACACCACAGGCCCUCCAGUCACCAUCUCUGCUGUCCGUUACUCUUGUCUGGUUGGUGUUGUCAGUGAGGGCUACAGGCAUGAUGCAGUCAGCCGAAUGUGGCCGGGUAAUGGACAAACAAAGUUGUUUUAAUUUUAUUUUUUUGGAAGGGGGGGUUAUCUGUUGUCGCUGAUGAUGUCUGUUCCUGUCAUUACCGUGUUACCAGUUCUUCCUUGACAAAAGAAUAGUCAACGUUAUAUAACUGCUGUACUGUACAUACCAGAAUAAUAAUCCCACUACUUUCCCCAGGCAGAGUGAACUCUCAGUAUGGUACACAAAAUGGCUACCACCCCCCAACCCAGUCAUGGACUGACACUCUUUGGAAUUUGCCCUUGGUUACUCAACCACAGAAAGAUGAAAUAAGCACAAUUUUGCCAGUGAAAUUGAAAUUUGGCAUGAAUGAUCAUGUAUUUAUUUGAUCACUGGUGUAAAAAAUCUUUAUGAAGAGUUAAAGGAACAAUUAGAGUCAGGAUCAUGUUUCAAUGAUCAAUGAUUACUAAAGACUGAGUAAAAGAUAGACAAAAGCAAUGGCCCUCUCGCAGAGGAGAGCGAGAGCUGUGCUUGAACAGUCAGGUUUUCUACUUUUUGUAGAGUAAAACAUUGGUGUGUGUGUCUGGGUGGUUGUGUGUGACAUUUUAUUGAGGGCCAACAGUAAUGGCACUGUAGCUAAUUAUUGUAUUAUUUUAACAAACUACUGAAUUCUACGGCUUUCCAUGAAAUGUUACAUGCUUACAUUAACAUUAUUUGUGUCAUUAUGUUGUUUUUAAUGUUAAUGUACAUCUUCUCCCACUCAUCAAACAUCACAAUUCCUUUAGUUAUGUCUCAAUCACUCUAGAUGCCAUUUCACAUAAUGGCCAGAUUGAAAUACAGAGAUGUUUGCUUGAAGAGCAGGCUGGAUUUAGUCAACACAUGUCCCUAUGUUGACUUGGCUUAGCAUGUCACAGAAAUAAGUACAAAUAAGUCAAGGGGUUUUGGUUUUGGUUGAGAAAAUUCAGGUUUUAGUAGGGGCUCAAACAAUAAUAUAGAGUCAUUUUGAUUGGUUGAAAAGGUAUAAGUUCAAGGGUGCCAUAUGACACUCUAGGGAUGUUACGGUAGUUACGCUUGAGUGCCAUAUGGCACUCUCAAAUUAUGAUUGAAUCAAUGCGUGGGUAAGGAAGAAUAUGAUCAAAAAGAUAAAAACAUUGCCUCCAUAUAUUGGAAGGCUAAAUUGACAUGCUAUUUGUAUAUGAUAUAAAUUCUGUGCAACUACUGUAUUUGGGGGGGGUUCAAGGUGUGUGUUCCAUAUCAUUUAGCCAUCAUUUCGCCCUGAAAGGUUGACUGUUGCCAAAAGCAAAAUGAUUGCUUUCUGUCAGGAUGGUGUAAAGUGGAGGCCCCAUUAACCUGCUGUAACUAUCUUGUGAUGAAGUUUGAUAUGAAUCCAAAGCUGGCAUCUGAUUUGUUCUUCCUUGAAGGCCAAUGAAGAUUUUUUUCGUGUACAUGCUGUAUGUCUAAAUUGUAUUUCAUCAUGGUUCUGAUUUAUUGACUGGUAAAAGUCUUUGUAGAAUUACCUUAUUAUUUGUAUUAAAAUUAUUAUUACUGUUCAGUAAUAUUAUUAAUAUUACAUUUUUUUAAUGAACACUAUUUUUUAUUCCUGGUACGGUUAUCAGUGGGAUAUGACUUUUUACUGCGAUUAGCUUUUUUAUUACUUUUUUCAGUUAAUGGCUGAUAAAGUUUUACUUUGAGAAGUUAUACCGGAAAAGCAUGCAUUGUCAUCCUUCAGAGCAGAGCUCUUCUCUGUUAUUAUUGUUCACAAAAAAGAUUUGUCCAAAGACUAAAGGCCGCUUUGACAUAUCAGCUUUUUUUUACCUUCCUGAUCCAUUUGUAUAUACUUUUUACUCUCAAUUUAGAACAUGCAAGCUUCAGUUUUCUCUCUGAAGGAUGAAUAAAAGCAACAAUUUUGAUUUUGCUGGAGAUGAGCACCCUGCUGGUUUUUUGCAAUAAAAGGAACAUUUACCCCUUCCAUAAACAUUCUUAAAAAUCAUAUGCAAUGCAGUUAUUAAAAGCACACCCACAUACACUCAGUCAGUACUUUAUUAAGUAGACAUGUACACCAGCUUGUUAAUGCAAAUAUAUAAUCAGCCAAUGUGGUAGCACCUAAAUGCAUAACAGCAUGCAGACGUGGUCAAGAGGUUCAGCUGUUUUUCAGACCAAAUGUCAGAAUUGGGACAAAAUGUGAUCUAAGUGACUUUGACCGUGCAAUGAUAGUUGUUGCAAGACAGGGUGGUUUAAGUAUCUCCUGGAUUUUCAUGCACAACAGUGUAGAGUUUGCAGAGAAUAGUGUGAAAACAAUAACCAUGCAUUACAACAGUAGCAUCUCUGAACACACAACCCAUCAAACCUCUAAGUUGACAGGCUACAGCAGACUUAAUAAGCCUAAAUACCUAAUAAUGUGCUCACUGAGUGUAUACUCCAGUCUUCCUCCUUAUGGACCCAUAUACCCAGUGUUUAGUCACACACUAGCUUUCGGGGUGUCUGAGAUCAAUGGUUGGAUGGGGGGUGGUUAACAAUUGUUCAAAUUGUGUUUUUUAGCAAACCCCCCCCCCCCCAACUUUAGUUUAAAGGGGAACUGUGGUUUCUUUCAGGGAAGCCGAGCUCUCUGUGGCUCCCUGUAUUUCAAACUGCAUGUAUUACAGUGUUAGUGCCCUCUGUGGAUUUCAGGAUGACAGCAAUCUGUUUUAAAAUGCUUCAGCUCUAGAAGUUGGAGCUUUCAUUUUAAUAGUAGCCAUUUUCCUCAUCUAUAAGCUACAGUUGUAAAUGGUUGAAAUAAAAAAAACUUUACCAGCUCAUAUUUUAGGUAGAUAUUCUGUCAUUUAUAUAUAUAUUGUCUAUAAACUGUAUCGGAUGCCUUCACCCACAUGCAUGGUUUGCUGAAUUAUUCUGUAUCCAUUCGACUAAGGUCUAUUCCCAAACCAAGUCUUACUGAGGCACAACUGCUUGUGUCCUGUCAUUGUGUCACAGCAUAAACUAAAAUGGCAAACCUUCGUUGGAAAUUCA